AUGUCCGACGAUUAUAAAAAAGACGAGACUCAGGUCACUGGCGUCGAGAGCGGCGAAGGCAGCUUGGAUGACCACGAACCUCCCCAGUCCCGCGGCCUCUGGAGAGAUAUUAUCGAUGGCUUCAAACCCGCUCAAAUGGAAAAGAUCGAUACCACCGGCAUGACCGAGGAAGAAGUGCAAGCGAUCAUGAUGUCGCGCCAGCCUCUCAAAAGAAAACUUAAGAACCGCCACAUUCAGAUGAUUGCUAUUGGUGGUUCUAUCGGAUCUGGUCUGUUCAUUGGUUCCGGUGGCUCUUUCAAAACAGGUGGCCCAGCCGCCGUUAUUAUCGGCUUCGCCAUCAUCGGUUUCAUGUUGUUUGGUACUAUGAAUGCCCUUGGUGAGCUUGCUGUCCGAUUCCCUAUUUCUGGUUCAUUCUCCAUCUACUCCGUGCGCUUCCUUGAUCCCUCCUGGGGCUUUGCCAUGGGUUGGAACUACGCUCUUCAGUGGCUAGUUGUCUACCCUCUGGAACUCAUUGCAGCCGCUGUUGUUAUUAAUUACUGGAAUUAUGAUGACAACGGAGCAACAAAUGUAAAUAAAGCUGCGUGGGUCUCGCUUUUUUAUUUCAUUAUUAGUAUGGUCAACGUUUUCGGCGUGCGUGGCUAUGGUGAGACAGAGUUUAUCUUGUCUAUUAUCAAGGUCAUUGCUGUUGUAGGGUUCUGCAUCUUCGGUAUCGUCAUUGCUGCUGGUGGUGGACCCAACCAUCACUAUAUUGGUGCUCACUACUGGUAUGAUCCCGGUGCGUUCGCAAAUGGCUUCAAGGGUGUAGCUGCGGUGUUUGUAAACGCUGCAUUCGCUUUCUCUGGAACCGAGCUCUCUGGUUUGGCCGCUGCUGAGACCGCGAACCCCCAAAAGGCUCUGCCGCGUGCAGUCAAACAGGUGUUCUGGCGUAUCCUCUUGUUCUACAUUGUUUCCUUGACCAUCGUUUCUAUGCUUGUGCCAUAUACUGACCCUAACCUCGGAACCGCGGCCGAUGGUAGCUCCUCUCCUUUCGUCAUUGCCAUUAAGAAUGCUGGCGUGAGUGGACUGCCCUCUGUGUUCAACACUGUUAUUAUCCUGGCCGUUUUGUCUGUCGCAAACUCUUCUGUGUUUGGCUGUUCACGUACUCUAACAGCUUUGGCACAGGUUGGUAUGGCCCCCAAAAUUUUCAAAUACAUUGACCGUGAAGGUCGUCCCAUGGUUUCUAUUAUGGCCACAAUUAUUUUCGGUCUACUGUGCUUCUUGUCUGCCUAUAAAGACUAUGGUACUGUGUUUGAUUGGCUACUUGCAUUCUCAGGUCUUUCCUCCAUUUUCACUUGGGGUUCUAUUUGUCUUUGCCACAUUCGCUUCCGCGUUGCCAUGCACAAACAGGGCCGCUCGCUCGAUGAGCUUGCUUUCAAAGCACAAGCAGGUGUUUACGCUUCGUGGGUUGGUUUCGGAAUUAACGUGGCCGUUCUCGGGUUGCAGUUCUGGGUUGCCCUUUGGCCUCCUGGAGGUUCUCCCGACGCGUCAGUAUUUUUCCAGGCUUACCUUUCCGCACCUGUCGUAAUUGCGUUCUAUGUCGGGCACAAGCUUUGGACUCGUAACUGGAAGUUCUACGUUCGCUCCAAGGACAUGGAUUUGGACUCGGGAAGGCGAGAGGUUGACAUCGCCACCUUGGAACGGGAGAAUGUUGAGGAGAGAGCCUAUAUCCAGUCCCGUUCCAUCUUUUAUCGUAUUUAUCGUUUCUGGUGCUAA